GAGUUAAUGAUUCAGUUAGAUGCCUUUUCUUCUGAAUUGGCAACAUUUUGAGGUAGAACAAAUGUUAAGGUGCAGCAAAGGGGAAGGGUGGGGUGGAUGGACAAUGAACAUCAACACACGAUACACCAGCCUUCUGUCAGUGCCCACCCACAGGCACACGUCCCAAAAAUGGAACUCUGGACCCAAGUCCUUCCACUGCACCCCCCACCAACCCCAUAGCUGCUAAUACUUUAAUUAUGACUCCUUCUUUUCCUGACCAAAUCCUCAAUGUCCCCUGUCAGCCAGGGUUCCCUAAUCCUGCCAGCCUUGCCCUUCACUCUUACAGGAACAUGUUGGCCCUGAUUUCUUCCUCUCUCACUUUUAAAAACCCACCAUUUGCCAGCCAUCCCUCAACCUGCAAACAACCUCCCCCAAUCAAACUUUGCAAGUUCCUGUCUAAUUUUGGAUUUUAGCCUUGUCUCAAUUUUGGAUUUUAACUUGCGGAGCAGACCUAUCUUUUUCCAUAACUAUUUUAAAGCUCAUAGAAUUAUGAUCACUGGUCCCAAAGUGCUCCCACAGUGACAAUUCAGUCACUUGCUCCACCUCAUUUCCCAAUAGGAUAUCCAGUGUUGCGCCCUCUCUAGAAGGGCCAUCCACCUAUUUCUUGAGAAAACUUUCCUGGAUACACUUAACAAUUCUGCCCCAUGCUAGCCCUUGGCACCAUGGCAGUCCCACACAAUACUCGGGAAGUUAAACUCAUUAAUAUUACAACAAUUUUAUUCUUACAGCCAUCUGCAAUCUCCCUACAUAUUUGCUCCUCUAAUUCCUGCUGACUAUUGGGGGCUACCGUAAAAUCCCCUCAAAGUGAUCACUCCCUUAUUAUUUCUGAGUUCCACCCAUACAGCCUCACUGGAUGAUCCCCCAGGAAUAUCCUCUCUAAGUACUGCCGUGAUGUUCUCCCUAAUUGGAAACACAACUUCUCCUCCUCUCUUACCACGACCUCUCUCACGCCUGUUGUAUUUGUUGUACCCCGGAACGUUGAGCUGCCAGUCCUACCCCUCAACCACGUUUCUGUCAUAGCUGUAAUCUCCCAGUCCUCCCCUCCAUGGACUCUUGUCUUUACAUCUCGCUGUCUUGGUGAAGCAGCCAGCAUAAUCAAUGACCCCACCCACCCGGGUCAUUCUCUCUUCUCUCCUCUUCCAUUGGGUAGAAGAUACAGGAGCCUGAGGGCACGUUCCACCAGGCUUGAGGACAGCUUCUACCCCACUGUGAUAAGACUAUUGAAUGGUUCCCUUAUACGAUGAGAUAUACUCUGACCUCACGAUCUACCUUGUUGUGACCUCGCACCUUAUUGCACUGCACUUUUUCUGUAGCUGUGACACUUUACUCUGUACUGUUAUUGUUUUUACCUGUACUAAUCAAUGCACUCUGUACAAACUCAAUGUCACUGCACUGUGUAAUGAAUUGACCUGUACGAUCGGUAUGCAAGACAAGUUUUUCACUGUACCUCUGUACAAGUGACAAUAAUAAACAAAUAUCAAUACCAUGUACCUAUCCAAGCCCUGACUUCAUCUGCCUUAUCUGUCAGGCUUCUUGCAUUAAACAAUAAAUGCAGUUUAGUAUAUCAGACCUUCCUCACUCCCCAUCCAGCUCCUGCUUGUCUUACCCACUGAUUUUCUUCACUUUAUCUUCUAUAUUUGCCUCAACUUUCUUAUCUGCUACACUACUGCGUUGGGUCACAACCCCCCUGCCAGACUAGUUUAAAUCCUCCUGAGUACCAAAUCUCCUCACUGAGCUUCUGAAACAUUCUUGGAACUGCACCAUUCUGGGUAAGUGGAGGUUGUUACACUGCACUCCUGAAUGGUGUACUGUCCAUGUUGAAACAGCUGGGGGAGUCGGGAAGUGAAUUUCACCCAACAGAUUAGGUUAAUGUGGGAAGAGGAACUAGUCUUUAACUACCGUUUGAAUUCGGAAGUGACCAGCUCAACCACAACGCAGGGACCCGACCAAUUCAGCACAGCCUAAGUAUGGAGGUGGUCCAGAGUGAAUUCACACAUCAGAAACGGCCCAGAACUAUGGGAACUAUCGCUCUGUUACUUCUUAUUUCUAUCGAUAUUAUAUGAGGUGAAUCAUCAUUUUUUGAAAAAAGAUGUUCUUUACAAUUAACAACAAGUAAUUUGAAGAAUUCUGAGAUGAGAAAAAUACGAAACCCCGAUGUUGCUUCCUGCACUGGGUGUUGAGCUAAAGACAAACCACUCACAGACUUGCAAGUUCCUGAUACCGUGGUGACUUCCUUCAGUAAUUACUGUAGGCUCAGAAAAGUGACAGCCAAUUUAUGCACAGCAAACUCCCACAAACAGCAAUGAGCUGAUGACCACACAGCCUGCCUUGUUUUCCUUGGUUGCAGGGAUAAUUCUUGCCCUAGAACAAGGAAUAUCUCCCCUAUUCUGCUACAAAACAUUAUGAGGUGUACUUUCUAAGGGACCUCAGAGAGCAGACAGAGGGUUGGCAAAAAAGUCUCAUCAAUAUGUCAGCACCUGAUCUCAGAAGAUAACUGAGGAUAGGACUUUAAAGCGAGCGGUUGGGCCUUGGGGAGUGUUGCAGAACAGAGGGACCUAGGAGUACAAGUACAUGGUUUCCUGAAAGAGGCAUCACAGGUAGACAGGGUGGUGAAGAAAGCUUUUGGUACGCAGGCCUUCAUCAGUUAGGGCAUUGAGUAUAGAAGUGGGAAUGUUACGUUGCAGUUGUACAAGACGUUGGUGAGGCUUGUGUUCAGUUUGAGUCACCCUGCUAUAGAAAAGAGCCCAUUAAGCUUGAAAGAGUGCAGAAGAGGAUGUCACGAGGAAUUCGAGAUCAGCGUGCUGGAGAGAGGUUGAGCAGCUUGGGACUUUUGUCAUUGAAGCAAAGGAGAAUGGGGGAUGAAGUAAUAGAGGUGUAUAAAAUUAUGAGAAAUUAUGAGGGGAAUGGAAACAUUCUUUUUCCCAUUGUUGGGAAAACAAGAAACAUUGGGUAUAGGUUGAAGGGGAGAGAUUUCAUAGGAACCUGAGGGGCAACUUUUUCAUCCAAUCAGUGGUCAGUAUGUGGAAGGAGCUGCCAGAGGGAGUGGUUGAGGCAGGUACAUCCAUUAUAUUUAAAAGCUACUUGGACAGCUACAUGGAUAGGAAAGGUUUAGAGGUAUGUGGACCAAAUGGACAAGUUCAGAUGAGAGUCUUGGUUGGCAUGGACCAGUUGGGCCAAAGGGCCUCUUUCUGUGCUGUAUGACUCUAUGACACCUCCAGCAGUGCCGAGCUCCCUCAGUCCUGCGCUCCCUCAGUCCUGCAUUCCCUCAGUGCUCAGGCUCUGGAGUGGGAGUUGAACCUACAAUGCUGAGGGUACGCACUGCAGUCACAGUGCGCCCACAGGGCAGGAAGGAAAUGUUUGGGGUGGUGGAAGGAGAGCCAGUCAAACCGGCAAACUUCUCCUGGGUGACAUUAAGCUUCUGGAGCAUUCUAGGAGCUGCUCCGAACUUGGCAAGUGGAGAAAGUUCCAGCGCACUCCUGAUUAGGGAAAUUGCCCCUGGUGAGUCAACAAAUUCUCCUUGCACCACAGCAAAUGUGUUUAUUGCUGAAAGAGGAAGUGGUCUCUUUGACUACUGUCUGAAUAAGGAAGUGACCAACUGAGAUACAACACAGGGACCCGCCCGAUUCAACACGGCUGAAACAUGGAGGUGGUGCAGGGUGAAAGCACCCACCAGAAACGACCCAGAACGACGGGAACUAUCGCGCUGUUGCUUCUUAUCUCUUUUGAUUUCAUAUCAGGUUCAAAUGCAUUAACUGGACCCGAGAACGUUCUGGGAGUAUUGGGACAAUCAGUCACUGUGGAAUGUCGGUAUGAUCGGAAAUACAGGGACAAUAAGAAACAAUGGCGUAAAGGAUAUUAUUAUGCCACGAGUUCUGUCGUUUCGACUCAUCAGCCACAACGAGGAACAACAUCGAUGACUGAUAACAAAAAAGAAAGGAGACUUUCAGUAACCAUGGACAACCUAAUGAAGAGCGAUGAAGGGUGGUACUGGUGUGUGAUAGUAAAAGGAACAUUUGAAUUUAAUGAAAAGUUUCGCAUUCGGUUGAAAGUGUCUGAAGACCCAGAUGUGAACAAACCCACCACGGAAACGUCCACUGCGACCACUUGGACCACUUUGUAUCAGAAUCGAACAAGCACCAGCAAAGCAGGAUCCAGUGAGACUUCUGUUUCAUCGCCUCAACCCAGGUCGGUCACUCAAAGGGACAACUCAGCCUUGCGCAGCUCCACCACAGCAUUAAGGAGGCAAGAUCUAUUGCCAUGGCAGGUUGUUCUUUCAGUUGCCUUGAUAGUUCUCUGUCUUCUGCUCGUUUCUGCCGUUAUUGUUUGUAUAAAAAUCAGGCAGAAGAAGAAAACUGGCCCAAAUGGACAGAGGGUUAAUGGUGUGGAAAAUCCAGCAGAGAGCUUCACGGAAAUCCCAGUGGUGUACUCCAGCGUGAAGCACCACAGAGCUGCUGUGGAAAGUACUUACAUGAACCUUCAGGAUCUGAAUGCUCAAGGAAAAGCCAAGAUGCCACGUGCCUCGGAAACUGUAGUAUAUUCAGCAGUUGCUCACUAAAUCAUAAUUAAUUCAGGCACUGAAGAACACCAAGAAUACAUCGCAUACAGUCCGGUGAACUUUUCUUUCUUUUAAUGCGGCUUUUUCCCACAAACCCACAACAAAGACAACCUUCAGUGGUCCUGCGGUAGACUGGUGCAGCAGCAGGCAACCGAUGGCCAUGUCAGUCUCCAUUCCUCCUUGUCCGAGAACGUGCUUGGGAAUUCAGCAACCACAGGCUUGGGGGCAACACAACAUGGGAUGGGCGCCAACGCCUGGGGUAUUGUUGGGUUGGGUGAAGGGAGGGUUGGUAGUUAGUGCUUGUGGUUGGGCUGGCGGUUGGGAUUGGGGGGGAGUGGAAUGGACUAACAGAAUGCAGUCAGGAUUGUGGGGAUGACAAAGUGAUGAAGUGGGGCAGCGGGAGGUUGGCAGUGUGUUGGGGAGGGGCAGGGGGAGAUGGCGGUGUGUUGGGGGGAGGGGGAGAUGGCAGUGUGUUGGGGCAGGAGAGGGGCAAUUGUGUUGGUGAGUGGGAGGGGAGUUGGCAGUGUGUUGGGGAGCGAGGUAAUGUCUGGAAACAGCAGGAGGAGAAAGGUGUCACAUGACAGAAAAUGCCCGAAUUAAUUUUACAAGUGACAUGGAAUGUCCAGUACUUUGUUAUCAUCAAGCUUUCCUUGAGAAAAAGUAGUUUUCAGCUGUGUAACACUGAGGAACAUGUCAUGUCAUUACAUUUCUAGGCAUCAUUUUCCAUGCCACCUUCAACAAGAGUGAAAUGUGCAGAAAUAUUUUGACACUGACCAACAGGAGACACCAAGAACAUGGCCAAUAGCUCAGUCAAAGGUUGGGAGGGGUUGGGAGAUGGAGGGUUUAAUUAAGCCAGACCAGGGCUGGAGGAGAUGUUUGAGACAUGGAACAGCAAGUCCAGCCAAGAUGAACACAGGGAUAAUGAUUUCAAAACUGAGCCACUGUUGGACUGGGAGACAGUGGAGGUCAGUAAGCAGAGGGAUGAUGUGUUCACAGAGCUUAGUGCAAGGUCAAGUCUGAACAGUAAAGUUUUAAUGAACUGAAGUUGUUGUAGUUUUGCACGACGGAAGGUCCACCAGGAGAACGCAGCACAGCAGUUUACUUACUGGACCAGUAACCCAGACGCCUGGAGGAACAAUCCAGAGACUUGAGUUCAAAUCCCACAAUUGCCACUGAGGGUGAAAAUCACAAUACUGCAGAUUCUGGGAAUCUGAAAUAAAAACAAGAAAUGCCGAAAACAACCUGUUGAAAGAGAAACAGAGUUAACAUUUUACUUUGAUGACCCGUUGUAAUCAAUGGAAGAAAAUAGGAGCAGGAGUAGGCCACUCCGCUUCUCAAGACUGCCCCACCAUGCAAUGUGGUCAUGGCUGAUCUGUCCCAGACCUCAUCCCCUCCUCUGUGCCAGUUCCCCACAGCCCUCAAUUCCCUGAUCUUUCAAAAAUGUAUCUGCUUCCCCUUUAAUCACACCCAAUGAUCCAGCCUCCACAACCUUCCGGUGCCAAGAAUUCCAGAGGUUCAUCACCCUCUCUUAACUCUCUUUCCACAAAUACUGCCUGACCUGCCACGAUUUUCCAACAUAUUUUGCUCCAUUAGAGCAACUGUGGAAUUUGAACUCUGUUAAUAAUCUGUGAUUUUAAAACAAAUACUUGUUAGUAAUGUUAACCCCAAAAUGACCAGGUUAUUGUUAAAACCCAUUGGUUAACUAAUAUCCAUCUAGUUUACCGAGAAAAAUUGCCACCUUUUCCUGGUCUGGCCUUUAUAUGACUCUAGAUGCCCCAAUGAAGUUGAUUCUUAAAUGGACCCACCAAGGACUCAGUUCAAGGGGCACAUUAGGGACAAGCCAUAAGUCCUGACCUUGCCAAUGACGCUUAGAUCCUUAAGCAUGAAUUUUUAAUGAUGAAAGAGGUAGCAGAGGUUCCAAAGAAAAGUUGAGGCACGGUGCUGGGUGAUGUUAUGGAGACGGAAGGAGGGUUAAUUCUGUGGCCGCAGUUCUGUGUGCUCCAUGUGAGGCAAGCUCCCAUCUGCAGUGAGAGAACGUCCAUCCCCUCCCUCACCUCCUUCCAAGCUCCAGACUGAUUCAACAGAUCUUGUAAAUCCCAGUUGUGGGAUUGUAGACCUACUCUUGUAUUGUUCCUGGAAAGGCUCACUGCACUUUCUAAACAGUAGCUUUCAUUUCCAUAUAUUUUGUGAAUGUUUGCCUGAAGUGCAGUGGCUGGCAAACAGAAAUAAGAAGAACAGACAAUUGCAAAUGAAAGACUGUGGAGCAUUCAUGUUUAAAUAUGUAAAUGAAUUAUGUUCAUGUGAUGUAAUGUCUAAAGAUGACACAAGCACACUUGGGAGUUGUAAGCCCACAGUUCAAUGUGCACCUGUCUUCUGAAGUGCCUUGUGAGCCCUGGAGAACUUUUAUAGAACUUACUUACUUUGCCUUAGGCGGUCCCUUGGGAUGAAGGAUGACUUCUUGUGGGUUCUGAGGUAGCUGAUCAGCGCACCGUGGGAACUAGACCCAUCCCCAUAUGGGGUAGGAGGUGGCUGAUGGGACAGGUGCUUGGGUAGUCCAUGACGUGGCGGGUUCCUUCUGCCGCUUACAUGGGGCCACUGUCUGUUCCUGAUACAUGGUCGCAAGGCUCCCACUACCAUCCCAAAUGCUCCUUGUCCACUUUGAGUGUCCGUGGAGUUUUCAGGAGUCAAUGGGGAAGUUGCAUUUCUUCAAGGAAGAUCUGAGCACAUCCUUGGACCUUUUCACCCAGUAUUCCCUUCCCACAACAGAGCUAGGAGUAGGUGAAAGAGUUGAUACUGAUUUACAUACAAAUAGAGCUUCAGAACUUAUCAGCAGUAUAUGAUGGACGUCCACACAACCACAAAAUACACUGUGAUUGGCCAUGAAGGAAGUGACUGUAUCAAACCCCGAGAAAACAGUGAGUUAAAGAAAUUCUUCAAAGCGUCUCCUGACCACUGUUGACAACAUCGCUGACGAUGGGGCCUUCAAGACUCCACAGUUACUGCAGGAAAAUGGCUCAGGAGUCAAAAUAAAUGAACGUACACAGGCAGUAGCAAUUCAAAAAAAUCAAAGAAGUGGUCUGUAGCACAGAGAGAAACAGUGAUAACUGGAUUUGCACACAGUGUAGAGAGGGCUUAAGUGUCACAGUGUGAUGCUAUAGAUGGAAAAUGGGAUAAAAAGGCAGCUCAAGCACACUCAGCUCCAUAGACUAUCCACUGGUGAACGAUCAAACCUCAAAGUGUAUACGGAAGGAAGAGUUUUUUAUUGCAACGGUCUCCAAGCAGAGGGUCACAUGGAAAACGUGCAGGCACUGACUGAGUGAGAGUACACAAGGAGUUUGUUCCAUUGAUGGAGUUUGGCUCUGUUACAUGCUUCCCAAUCUGGUAGCCACACAGAAAGUCACAGACACAGAAAAUGGAGGACUAUGGUAUUCCACAGCUGUUUGAAAAAGCAGAGAGCUACAAAUUUAGCAAAUUCUUUACAAAUUCUUAAACUGUGUGUUCCAGAAGAGAAUUGUGUAUGGCUUAAGGACAAACACAUCAAGUCCAAAUUCUUAUGCAGACCUUGAUGGAAGUGGCAGUGAAAAAUGCCGAGGAGUUAGAUCCACUGCCAGGUACAGGCAUGAGAGAGCUUCUAGACAUUUCACUGCAGUGAAAACUCCAUGGCUGAAGCAAGGUCAGUGUCAGUGUCGUGAAUCCUUGCUACAAAUGCAACAGCAGCCAUUUACAGCAGCUCUGUUACUGUAAGGAGGUUAUAUCUGUCACAAGAAAGGAUGGAAGAGUGUGAGCAACACAGUGGUGCAGCAGGGAGUACUGCUGCCUCACAGUCCACCAUCCCAGGUUCAAUCCUGAUCUCUGGUGCUGUCUGUGUGAUCCCACAAGCAUGAUUCUGAAGUGUAGUUAGUCUGUAUUAUGGAAGAGUUGAUACUGAUUCACAUAUAAAGCCCCGAACACCAGUAGUUUCUCUAGAAGUAUACAGAACAAGGAGAAUUCAAUUAUUGAUUAGUGACAUCCCAACUUCUAUUGAGUAUAGAAGUUGGGUGUUAUGCUGCAGUUGUACAAGAUGUUUGUGAGAUGUCUUGGUCACCGUGUUCAAUUUUGGUCACCCUGCUGUAGGAAAGAUGCCAUUAAGCUGGAAAGAGUGCAGAAAAGAUUUACAAGGAUGUUGCCAGGACUCGAGGGACAGAGUUAUACAGAGAGGUUGGGUAGCCUACGACUUUAUUCCUUGGAGUGUAGCAGACUGAGGGUGAUCUUAUGGAGGAGUAUAAAAUCAUGAUGGACAUAGAUAGGGUGAAUGCUCACAGUCUUUUUCCCAGGGCUGGGGAAUCAAGGAUUAGAGGGCACAGGCUUAAGGUGAGUAGGGAAAAAUUUAAUAGGAACUUGAAGGGCAAAUUUUUCACAGAGGUGGUACGUAUAUGGAACAAACUGCCAGAGGAAGUGGUUGAGGCAGGUACAAUAACAACAUUUAAAAGACAUUUGGACAGAUAAAUGAAUACGAAAGGUUUAGAGGGAUAUGGGUCAAACAUGGGCAAACGGAACUAGCUUAGAUGGGCCGUAUCUUGGUCGACGUAGACAAAUUGGGCUGAAGGGACCGUGCUGUAUUACUCUAAGACUCUAUGACCUCUCUAUCCAUUCAGACAACUUAAGUUUAAAUAUGUCAACAAACACACACAAUUCUUCUUAGGAUUCUCUUUGCUCUUGCUUUGUUUUGUGAAGGAGAAUGAACAAAUUAAGUUACAUUUUACAGCACGUUUCAUGUUUUCAGGAAUUCCCAGAAACACCUCACGGUCAAUGAAGCACUUUUGUGAAAUUGUCACUAUCGUUUCGCACAUGGGAACAACACGGUAAUUCUGGAGAUAAUGGCCUUGUACUUGGAACAUAGAACAGUACCGUACAGGAGCAGGAUCUUCAGCUCACAAUGUCUGUGCCAAACUCAAUGCCAAAUUAAACAAAAUCUCUUUUGCCUGCACGUGAUCCAUAUCCCUA